GACAGGCCGGACCGACAACAGAAAUACGUCUGUCGCUGGGAAGCAAAACAACUCACAAAACAACUGACCCUGGCGUUUGUUGUUCUUUAAUUACAAAGUCCGGAUGGUGUAGACGCAGAAGAUACAUCAACAUGGUUCACACUUGGGAGCAUCUCUCGACGAUGCUGGAACUACGGGUGUCACUUUUCUUUCUUCUCUGUCUUCUAAUCUCCCCCGGUGACGCCAGGCUACACCGACCACGACGCCUCAGCCCUACCACGGAGGAAACGGUAGAAACUUAUAACAAAUACUACAAUUACGUUGAGCUAACCGGACUUUUACAGUCUUUAGCCCAGAAAUACCCUCACAUAGCCAACCUGUCGAGCAUAGGUCAGUCUGUGGAGGGCAGGGAGCUAUGGGUGAUGCGGAUCACCAGGGACCCCAACACAGACUCACCCGGGAAACCGAAAUUUAAAUACGUCGGAAACAUGCACGGCGACGAAACCGUGUCCAGGCAGGUGUUGGUGUACCUUGUGGAGAACCUGCUGACUAAAUAUGGGGAUGAACCGCGCAUUACUGAGCUGGUAAACACCACGGAUAUUUACAUUAUGCCCAGCAUGAACCCUGAUGGCUUUGAGAAGUCCGUAGAAGGGGACUGCAAUGGCGACAACGGGGGUCGAAGUAAUGCCAAGAAUAUGGACCUCAAUAGAAGCUUUCCUGACCAGUAUGACGGGACUACUGUCAGUCCAGAUGAGGUACCCGAGGUCAUGGCUUUGAUCAGAUGGAUCCAGGAGAAAAAAUUUGUGCUGUCAGGGAACCUGCAUGGUGGCACGGUGGUUGCCAGUUACCCUUUUGAUGACUCAGCCCUCCACAAGCGACAGGGCCACUAUAGCCAGUCAGAGGACGACAGCCUGUUUCGCUACCUCGCCCUGGUGUACUCCCAGAACCACCCAGUGAUGAAGACUGGAGAACCCAACUGUCCCGAUGCCCUGGAAGAAACUUUUAAAGAUGGCAUCACCAAUGGGGCACAGUGGUAUGAUGUGCCUGGAGGGAUGCAGGACUACAACUACCUCUAUGGAAACUGUCUGGAGAUCACCAUGGAGCUGAGCUGCUGCAAAUAUCCUCCUGCUACUGAGCUCCGUAAGGAAUGGAAUCUGAACAGGAAAUCCCUAAUAGCCUAUAUCGAAAAGGUUCAUAUCGGUGUUCGUGGAUAUGUGAAGGAUGCCGUCAGUGGUGCUCCCCUCACCAAUGUCAGCAUUGUGGUGGCAGGCGUUCGCCACAACCUGACCACUGGAGAGUAUGGGGAUUACUACCGCCUCCUGCUCCCAGGAACAUACAACAUCACAGCUGUGGCCCCAGGGUACACAUCGGUGACAGUCUACAGUGUGCAGGUUAUGGAGGACAAAGCCACAGAACAUAACUUUACCCUGGCACCUGUGGUCAGUGAGGCUGCAAGUAACAUCACUGUGCCUACGUCCUCCACGCCAUCCACCAGUCACCCAAACAUCUCCACCACCACUACCAAGCCGUCUGACCCCACCCAGACCUGGGUGGCUCCCUCUGAGGGAAACAGCAACAGCCCUACUUUGCUUCUUCCUGAACAGCAGCCCAUCCAGCCCCAGGAAUUUCGUCACCACAACUAUGCAGAUAUGGAGCUCUUCCUACGCAAGUACAGCAGCGAGUUCCCCUCUAUUACCCAUCUUUACUCUAUUGGCCCCUCUGUGGAAAACCAUGAGCUCUAUGUGAUGGUCAUCUCAGACAACCCCACCGUACAUGAGCACGGUGAGCCAGAGUUUAAGUAUGUGGCCAACAUGCAUGGUAAUGAAGUGGUGGGCCGGGAGUUGUUGCUCAACCUCAUUGAGUACCUGUGCCGUAACUACGGUACUGACCCGGAGGUCACUCAAUUGGUCAACAACACCCGCAUUCACAUCAUGCCUUCUAUGAACCCUGACGGCUAUGAGGUAGCCACUGAAGGUGAUGUAAAGGGCUACAAAGGACGCAACAACAGCAAUAAUUUUGAUCUGAACCGCAACUUCCCGGACCAGUUUACCACCAUCACAGAACCCAGGCAGCCAGAGACUAAAGCUGUGAUGAACUGGCUGAAGAACAACCCCUUCGUCCUUUCAGCCAACCUCCAUGGAGGUUCCUUGGUGGUAAACUACCCCUAUGAUGAUGACAAAGAAGGGACAACUCAGUACAGCCAGUCACCUGACGACAAGGUCUUUCAGCAGGUGUCUAAAGCAUACUCACAGGAGAAUCCUCUCAUGCACAAUGGGCACCCUUGUGAGGACCUGUACCCUGAUGAAUAUUUUGAGGAUGGCAUCACCAAUGGUGCCAACUGGUACAAUGUUCCUGGUGGCAUGCAGGACUGGAACUACUUAAACACCAACUGUUUUGAGGUGACCAUCGAGUUGGGUUGUGUAAAGUUUCCUAUGGCUAGGGACCUGCCGAAAUACUGGGAACAAAACCGAAGAGCCUUGCUUCAGUUUUUACACCAGGUCCACACUGGAGUAAAGGGCACUGUCUCCGACAGUAGUGAUGGUAAAGGAAUUCCCAAUGCCACCAUUACUGUGGCGGAGAUAGACCACAACAUCACGACAGCCCGUACUGGAGACUACUGGAGACUGCUGGUCCCUAACACCUACUCUAUCACAGCCUCUGCCCAUGGAUAUAUACCUGUGAGAACCUACGCCACAGUCUCAAAGGAGAGAGUGGAGGUGGUGGACUUCAGACUAACACGUUUACACUCAGACUCGAAAGGCCAGUCUCAAAACGGCCCCCAACCCACACAGAACCCAUCUGAGAAGGAGUUUCAGAGCUUAAUCAAGGACCUCUCUCUAGGCCAGGGCUUGGAGCAGUUGGUCAGUAGCACAGCCACAGAGAGCAGCUUCCGCUACCAACGCUACAAAGAAUUGUCUGAGUUCUUGAGGGGCCUCACUCUUAACUUUCCCAAAAUUACAUCUUUACAGAGUUUGGGCCAAAGUGUAGAGUUUAGAACCAUUCGGGCUUUGGAAAUCUCCAACAAACCAGAGGAGGCUGAGCCAUCUGAACCCAAAAUCCGUUUUGUAGCAGGGAUCCAUGGCAAUGCCCCAGUGGGCACAGAGCUGCUGCUGGAGUUUGCUGCCUUCCUAUGUAUCAACUAUGGCAAGAAUCCAGCCAUCACCAGGUUGAUCAACGAGACCCGGAUUGUCAUCGUGCCCUCCAUCAACCCAGAUGGACGGGAACAGGCUGUUGAGAAGCAGUGCACUUCCACGGAGGGCUUGACCAAUGCUCAUGGCAAGGAUCUGGACACAGAUUUCUUUGGCAAUGCAUCGCAACGUGUGGUGGAGGCCCAACCAGAGACCAGAGCAAUGAUGGACUUGAUCCUAGACAAGGGCUAUACUCUCUCUGUAGCCCUCGAUGGAGGCGCCCUGGUUGCUACCUACCCAUAUGACAAGCCUGUCCAGUCCGUUGAAAAUGAGGGCACAUUGAAGUACUUGGCGAGUGUUUAUGCCAACAACCACCCCAAGAUGCACCUAGGGGACACUGGAUGUUCAAAUAAUGGACAGAUGGGCAACAUCCCUGACGGAGUUAUGAGGGCAGCAGAGAGACAAAGUCACAUGGGGAGCAUGAAAGACUUCAGUAUGGACUUUGGCCACUGUCCAGAAAUCACAGUGUAUACUGGCUGCUGUUUGUUCCCUCCUGCCGAGCAGCUGGCCACACUGUGGGCUGAGAACAAGAAGGCUCUCCUAAGCAUGUUGGUGGAGGUCCAUAAAGGGGUGCGUGGCGUGGUAAGGGACAAGAGUGGAAAGCCUAUUGUCGGGGCCAUCAUUGUGCUGAACGGGGGUGUGAGAGUCUUUACUGCAGAGGGCGGGUACUUCCAUGCGCUGCUGGCUCCUGGCAACCACAACAUUGAAGCUGUUGCUGAUGGCUACCAACAACAACGUCAAGAGGUGGUGGUAUCCUCCUAUGAAGCUGCUAGCUCCAUCAUCAUUGAGUUUGACAUGGACAACAGUGUCUUUGGCCUGCCCAGAGAGUUUGUGGUGGCCAGUGCAGCGGCCUCCAUGACGGCAUUGGUGGUGACGGCGUGUAUCAUAUGGUGUGUGUGCGCGGCCAAGUCUAAUCGUCAAAAGGAUGGCUUCCAUCGUUUGCGACAGCACCGCGACGAUUAUGACGACGAGAUCCGGCUCACUUCUAUGGGCUCCAAGAAGUCCCUGCUUGCCCACGAGUUUCAGGACGAGAGUGAAAGUGAUGAGGAGACGCUGUAUGCCAACAAAAUCUGAGAACAAUUGCACCAAUUUGGCUGUUGGCUCAGUAUUUUCAUUUUGAUCUCCCCCUUAAAUUGAAUCCCCUGACCAACAAGGAAAUGGUUGAACUUUGGGCAGCAUCUCUCUCUCUCUCUCUGUUUCUCUUUCUCUCUCUCUUUCUCUUUCUCUGACUGAGAUAUAAGCUCAGUAAAGACACUUUGUUCUGUUAUACCAACAAGCUCUGAGCACUCACUUCUGGUCACUCAGUUAUUAGUGCAACUAAAUGAAUACUUAAAGAACAUUGUGCUGGCGUCUGGACUGAAGGGCUUGCUUUGUUGUGCUGCAUCUCUGCUUGACUGGUUCAUCAAAAGGACAGAGGGAGAGGUGAUAAAGAGAGGGGCGAAGAAAGAAAGAGGUUUGGUCCACUGUGGCUGUCAUCCGUCCUUUUUGCAGGUUUUUGUCUCGAGCAGUUUUUUUUUUUUUUGUUUGUUUUUUUGUUUCCGAGCCAUUCAAGAGUGCUCUUGAAGACCACUACCUGUCCUGCCUGGCUGAGGGGUCAAGCCUUUAAGUCCAAAUAAACUUUUGUUUAGUGGAUGUGUAAUGAACUCUGGAUCAAAGUGCUUAAUCUCACACAAUCUCCCUACUCAUAUCUGUCUUCACCAUGCAUUUCUUUCAGUACUGCUUUGACAUAGGAAAUUAGAAAUGAUAUGUUUCUUUUAUUUAAGACAGCAUUGCCACAUUGGAAGUGUCCGAGCCUUUGGGAGACUGAAUCCAAUACUGUGCCUUGGCUUCUGUAAAGUUUACAGUCCGGUCUGGCUGCAGUAUGUGACAGAAAGCAGCGACAAAGUGAAUAGAUAGCACUUGGUCUAUGUUGGAAUUUGAUCCAUCCUAUACUCAGGUGGUAGGAAAAGAGAAAUUGUGUUUAAAGGACUGCUGAACUCCAGUGUUGCACUGUUUCUGCACAGAUGACUAUGCUGGCUGACCUGCAUUCAGUAGUAGUGUAAAUUUUUUUUUUUUUUGGGGGGGGGGUUUCCAUUGAGCUGAUUUUGUGGCCAAAAUCAUAAUGUGAGCCUCUCAAAAGCUUUAAAGCAUCAGGGAGAAUCUCUUACUAAGGGUGAAUGAAACCCUUCUCAGUUAGUGCAGGGUGCUCUUAUGUAUGCAGCUCACUUGCACUAAGGAGGAUUGUCCCAUAUCAUUGGCCAGGAAAAAAGAUCUAAAUAGGUAAUCUUGGAAAAGAAGAAUGUAUUUUUUUUUUUUUUUUUUUUUUCUUUAUGGAUUUAUUAGUUUUGUUGUAGGGUCAUUUCUGACUGUCUGUACAUGGAAGAUUGCUGAGUUUGAAGCAUGUCACAUGGGUCUGUGCUCUGUUUUUGAAGAAUGUGUUGUUUUUUUUUUUUUCUUUUUUUUCUCUCCUCAUGAGUAUUUGGUGCAUUUCCCCACUAAACAAUAUUUUGAAUACAAAAGUCAUACCAGCUUUGUCCGUCCAUUAAUGAUCAGUUUCUACAAGUCAGUGUCAGAGCCAGGCAUAUUACAUGAUUUAAAAAUGCAAAUAAAUUCAUAUUUUCUAAAUUUAUUUAUAAAUAAAGAGGUUACAGAUCAUAAUCCAUUUGACUUAUACCUUCAUUUGAGGUUUCAUAUGCACUGUUAGAGAGAGUCUUAGUCCUCCAGACAGUGUUAACGACAUGGAAAAAGAGGCUACCGACAGAUUGCCUUAGUGGCUUUAAUGAACAGUGUAGUCUGGUGUGAAAUGAUAAUCCAUAAUUCUCAUUUCUCUCGUAUGUUAAACAAGCUCAUUGGACAAAUCAAGGUAGUAGGUUUGUGUGCAAUUAAACUGGAAAGUUAUUAGAAGAAGAAAAAGUGGGACCUCUGUGUUGUUAAUCCUGUGCUCAAAUGUCCAGCAUGGCAUAGAAUUUCACUUAAAGCAUCUUCUAGCAAAUCAGGUGAACUACCAAAAACCAAAUAAAUAUGGUUUUCCUUACAGUAGAAAUCCAUGUGUAACUAUUCCUAAUUGAAUUGAAAUCGUCGCACAGGAUCAUUUAACUAUCAGGUGGCUCUUGAAUUGGUAAUGCUAUGCAUGUUUUUCAUCACACACAGUAGUUGAAAUGAAUACACAAUAGUUCACUAAAGAAUUUGCCUUGAUUUCCAGUAAGAGAAGAUGUUCUUUCCUUCUCCUUUUAACAAAUGCAGCUGUCAGUUAAGUUAAACCUGAUAUCUGUGUAGAGACAGUUUUGUAUAUUAUUUUUUUCUUUCGUAUACUGUCUGUGAAUGUGUGUGUAUGAAUUUUGAAAGUUGAACUUGCGUCAGGGUCACGCAGUGUUGGUGUGAAGAUUUUAUAUAAACUGGAAUCAACUGUAAAUAAUGAUUGCCAAUUGUGAAUGGGGAAAAUAAGUGCAAUUCAUGGUAACCGUGAAUCUACACACAGCAAAACCUUUCAUAAGAACCUCUGUGUGAUCAUGACAUGCUAACAUGCACAAAAACUCAUAAAACGCAAUGAAAUAAAAACCUCUCACAAUG